AUGAAGUUCAUUCAACAUUUUUUCAGUAUUUUAGUGGGUACGGCGUACUGCAGCCGAAAGUUUCCCCCUGGCUUCAAGUUUGGCGCCGCUACAGCUGCAUAUCAAAUUGAAGGAGCUUGGAAUAUUAGCGACAAAUCGGAGAGCAUCUGGGACGUGUUCUCCCACGAGCGGCCCGGCGCCAUUGUCGAUGGUUCCAACGGUGAUGUAGCGUGUGACAGCUACCACCAGUGGAGGAGGGAUGUGGAAAUCGCCUCCGAGCUCGGCCUACACUUUUAUAGAUUUUCCAUAUCAUGGACGAGGCUGUUGCCAAACGGGUUCACAAAUCACGUCAGCGAAGACGGCAAGAGGUACUACAGCGACCUCAUAGACGCUCUCCUGGAGAAGGGAAUCCAGCCUGUUGUCACUUUAUACCAUUGGGAUCUGCCGCAAUCCUUGCAGAAUUUAGGAGGAUGGACCAACCCCUUGAUAGCCGACUGGUUUGGCCAAUACACCCGGGUAGCGUAUACCCUGUAUGGCGACCGCGUCAAGACCUGGAUAACCAUUAACGAGCCCGUCAUCUACUGCCAAGCGAGCUACGGCUCCGGGUUGCACGCCCCUGGCAUCAUCAGCAUAGGAUUGGGCGGCUAUUUGUGCAGCAAGAACUCUGUGCUAGCACACGCUAAGGCAUGGAGGAUAUAUGAUGAAGAAUUCAGACCUAAAUACAAAGGUAAAGUCUCUCUAACCAAUCAGCUCACGUGGUUUGAGCCAGUCACCGAGGACGAACAAGAAAGUGCUGAUCUGGCUCUACAACUCUGGACAGGCAUAUACGCACACCCAAUAUUCUCAGAGGAAGGUGGUUGGCCUGCGGAGUUAGAGAAACGAAUAGCAGAGAAGAGCAGACAAGAAGGUUACCCAGUCUCCAGGUUGCCACCGUUUACGGAGGAAGAGAAAGAAUUUGUCAGAGGUACAUAUGACUUCUUCGGUUUCAACUUCUACACCGCGCGAACGACACGCAAGGCGAAGGCAGGCGAGGAGGUUGGACCUUGGCCCUUUACUGGAGCUCCGGACCUCGGCGUCGUCUUGUCUGUGCGUGCUGACUGGCCUAGGGCCUCCGAUUGGAUUUUUAUAUACCCCAAGGCCCUGCGCCUCCAGCUAUCCUGGGUGAAGCAGCAGUACGGUGACGUGGACAUCUUCAUCCUGGAGAACGGCAUCGCAGGACACGAUACAGAUCUGGACGACCAAUACCGUGUCAAGUUCUAUAGAGAUCAUUUGGAACAGGUGCUGUUGGCAAUACAAGAGGACGAUGUGAAGGUGUCUUGCUACACUGCGUGGACCAUGAUAGAUAACUUUGAAUGGAGCGAUGGCUACAGAUCAAAACUAGGCCUCUACGAGGUGGACUUUGAGGCCCCGGCGCGGACGAGGAGGCCUCGGGCCUCUGCGCACUACUACAAGAGCGUCAUCAAGUCACAUUCUCUUGAUGUAGAUAUAAAUAAUAAAAUUACUGAUGAAUUGUAUAACUUUUUGUUUAUUUUUAGAGUUAGGAUCCUAAUACUAAAGCUCUAA